AUGGCCGCCCAACCUCGGUUGUACAGGCGCAUCUUGACCUCAGCGCUACAUAGGAGAUUUGUCCAUGCCUCUGCAGCUUCGCUUCUGGUCUGCUAUGGCGUUGCUAUAGCCAUCGGUGAUAAAACAUCGUUUUUCUGGUCAUGGUUCCCGAUCAGCGCAUGCGGUGUCCGAACCGUCCUACUAUUUGUUUCCGCCCUCUCUGUCUUCGUCCUUCGCGUCUCGCAAAUGCACAUUGGCCGCAGAAACAACACUUCGUCCCUGAGCACGUUCCGCUAUCUAUUCCCAGUACAGGUCUUCCAAACAUUCGGAUGGUACAUCUUCUCUGCAUGGUGGUUUACCGAGGUCUAUCUUUGGUCCUGCGCAGCCGAAGCGCAUCUAGAAAUGGUCAAACGGGCUAGAUCGCACGAGCGCGCCGCCUUGAACGAGCGACCGAUCUACAUUCACACAUUCCAUUUGGUGUUGGCAUGUGUACAGGCAGCUUCGCAUCUCUAUUGGGACUACGACAGUAUUCCUAUUCCCGUAACAAAGCCGCGUUCGAAUGCGGAGGACCAACGGACUCACCCCGUGCCUCCAACCUUGAAGCACAUCCAGAGUGCUUUGCCGGAAAGAAUCUAUCAAAGCCUUGUUACCAGCGGAACUGUGGCCGUGGUUGGUCCUAUCGUCUACCGCCUCUUCCUUCGACAGACCGCUUGGAGCGUAUCACUGUACUUUGCGAAAUUGUUCUGGAACUUCCCUCGUUCUGCAUCGCAGCCUGAUACCUUCUUGCCUCCAGGGAUUCUCUUCUUGAUUUUCAGGUCCUUCUUCUCUGGCUCUUGUCUUAUACUCUGCUGGCAGUUGACUAAUUUGUUCUUUACGAUUUUCAUCGGCAAGGAACCUCUGCGCCGGGAGCAACCGCUGACUGCUGAUGCUAAGGAUCCAAACGGCAGUUUACUGACCGGAUUGAAAGCAAAGAAGCCCCUUGUCAAGACUUACGCGCUUUGGGAGUUGAGCCUGAUUAGCCAGCGUCUGCCUGAGCGUCGUAAGACCAUCUUCAAUGAGAUUGAUCGGGAUACUGGUAAAACAUGGUCCCAGGUCUCAGAAAGCUUGAUCGGCGUUAUCAAGGAUAUUACUGUCAGAAUCGAAGCAAGCAAGGCUCCAGCAGCUGCAGCGCCGCAAGCAAAAACUGCUGAACCUGUCCUACAUAAACUGCCACGCCUGACAGACGCUCCAAAGGAAGAGAAUGUUUUCGCAGCUUCCCCGCGACCGGUAACCCGAAAAGAACGGAUAGGGGAUGCCUUUACUUCCACUGCUAAAUACUUUGGACAAGCAGAGGAUUGGACACCCAAAGCGCGAGCUCGCACUCGUGAGAUCCUCGACCACGCGUCUUCUGCUAUGCUGAGCCCCGAACACAAGAAGAAACUGAUCUCAUCGUCUAACGACCUCAAGCUGAUUGCUGGAGGUUCUUGGUCUACAUACAAGCCAGAAAACAUCCACCCAGUGCUCUUCCGCGCCCUCAGGUCCCCUGUUGGGCAAUUAGUGCAACAAACCUAUGCUCAACGUGCAUCAAGCAUCGUUCUGGGAUCGCCUGAUACAUGCUUAUCACAAAUCAUAGAUGCAAUCGAUUCCUUAACACGACUACUGAUUGCAAGUUUGGCAGAGGAUACAUAUGGAAACGUGCAAUCAGACGUACUGCCGGUGGUCCGCCUGUUCACAGAAACAAUCACAGUCGUAGAUGCUUUCGUCCACAAGGGUGGUUUGGAUGCGCACUGGACUGAUGUCAAUUUCCCACCUGCAAGCAAGCCUGAGGAACAGGCCAAGGCACGCCACGUCCCUGACGUGGACCUCGUCUUGGAGUCGCUGCGAGGCGGUCUCAGCAGCCUCUUGGAAGCGUUCCAGCCCUACCUACGGGAUAUCAAGCUUGAGGGGAAAGAUCUCAGGCUGGCGAAUGAAGCAGCCAACCCCGAGGUGGAAGAUGAUUCUCCAUGA